AUGGUCUAUUGGGCAAUGCUCGAUCGUGGACACCCUUCAAAGAACGUCAUCCAAUUGUCCCGAGCAGCACAUGAACGCUACCUUGGGCCUUUGUCUGCAAGCUUUUCCAAAUUCCCGCCUACCUUAUGCAGGUAUGGCAUACCCGAAGAACGUUUCCAGCAUUGCUGGGAUGCGAAGUCCUCUGAGCCGACAUUCAUGCAAGAGCUCGUGGAGAUGUGCUAUCGAGAGAAGACAUUCGAGUUCAGACAGCAAGAUAUAUACCUUCUCCCGGCGUUCCUGGGCAAGGGCUCACUUCCGCGAGGGGCUCCGUUACAGAACACCAUAGUUCCCAUUGAGCAGGUCGGCAGACUCAGGCUAUGCGUCCGACCGACUGGAAAUGGAUGGAAGUUCACGCUGAAGACACUCCGAUUGUUGCUCGAGCUCAAGCGCAGGGCCAAAAUCGAACUCAUCAUGGACACGCCGUUGGUCAUCCUUACUGGGGAGGAGGACAUCGACCGAGCCAUUAGAAUCUACGAAUCGCUCUUUCCGCUUCUCGCAAGCAUGAGAGGCCGCGGACACAUCGUCGAUGUGCGUUUCGGGGUUAUUCAAGUUCGGCCCCCGGCCAUAGGGAUAUGCUCGGCUGCUGAGUGGUCCGACGCCGCCCAGAAGAAACUGAACGAGUACUUAGCUUCCGCUAGGCCUUGGAUCCCGUCUGAGAAGAAGGGUCUUUCAGGUGCUCGAAGAGGCCGCGCGAAGUCAGCUGCAGUUGCCAAGGGACCAAGGGACCAAGUGAAGAAACGCCCACAGGACUCGUACCAUGCCUGGUGCGCGGGAGACCCGGGAAUACCCAAAGCAUAG